AUGCCAGCAGUGCUGGGUGCAUUUCCCAAGAAGCGCACGUAUGACUCGCAUCACUACUAUGUCGCUGAGCUUGUGCAGCGCGAUCCGUGCAGCGCACAAGUGACACCGGAGCAUGUAGCUCGUGCACUGGAUGCAGAGCUUGUUGAGCGCGUGGGCGAGCUUGAAGGCCACUGGCUUCUACGAGCAGAGAAAGUUGAUGCGAUCGCUCGCCGAUCAGUGCUCGCUGAGGUGCCGGAGCAGGACGAUCCUGUGCUUCGUCGGUUCGCCGCGUGGUCCGACAACGGACAUGAGAAGCGAUGCGUCGGCUCACAGUGUGUGACGAUGGCAUGCCUUUCCAAUACAGUGCGCUCGCUAGAACGCCAAAAGAUCCGCAUGCGUCAUAAGCGCCUUGCGAUCCCCGAGCCAGGCUCUAUGUCUGAUGUAUACCCUAGAACGAGCUGGAACGCGGGCAUACCGCCGCCGCUACUGCCGCUGGCAUCGCAUCACCCACAAGAGCCACGCGCACCUGUGCCGAGCAAUCGCACAGACAGCUUCGCAAAAGCAUAUGGCAUCCGAGACCCGUUGUUUUACAAGCAGUGGCACAUUCUGAACGAGCAGAUGCCAGGCCAUGAUUUGAACAUUGAAGGCGCAUGGAAACUUGCCUCGGGAAAAGGCGUCACUGUCUCGCUGAUUGAUGAUGGCGUCGAAUAUACGCAUCCUGAUAUUGCGCAUGCAUUUGAGCCAGCUGCCUCGUAUGAUUUCAACGACCACACAGAGCUGCCAUGGCCACGCUUGUUUGACGAUACACAUGGCACGCGAUGUGCAGGUGAGAUUGCAGCGGCCAAGAAUGAUGUCUGUGGUGUUGGUGUCGCGCCCGAUGCACAUAUUGCAGCGGUGCGGAUCCUUUCCGCGCCUAUCAGCGACGCCGACGAGGCUGCAGCCCUGAAUUAUGGCUACCAGAUCAGCGACAUCUACAGCUGCUCAUGGGGCCCCUCUGAUUCUGGCCGCAGUAUGGAUGGACCGCACGGCCUUGUCGCCAAAGCGAUGCUCAAUGGUAUUUACAACGGACGCAAGGGUCGCGGCAGUCUAUUUGUUUUUGCAGGUGGGAAUGGCGGCAGUCUCGAUGAUCAAUGCAACUUUGACGGCUACACGAAUUCCAUUUAUACCAUUACGAUCGCCGCCGUCGACAGCAGCGGGCAUCGCCCAUACUAUUCAGAAAUGUGCAGUGCUAUCAUUGCCAGUGCAUGGAGCUCUGGCAAGAAUCUGAGUAUCACAACGAGCAAUGUGCGCGGUCAAUCGAAUCGCACCUGCACAUCGGUCCAUGGUGGCACGAGCGCCGCUGCUCCGCUUGUGGCUGGUGUGCUGGCGCUGGCGCUAGAAGUGCGGCCGGAGCUCACCUGGCGCGAUGCACAGCACCUGAUCAUCCAGUCCAGCGUGCCUGUCAAUGAGCAAGACCCUGACUGGCAAAGGACCACUGCUGGACUCAUGUACAGCCACAAGAGUGGAUUCGGUGUCGUCGACGCGACGAGACUGGUGGAAAAUGCGCGCAAGCACAAACUCGUUCCUCCCCAGUCCUGGCUCGAGAUGCCGCGGCAGGGUGUCAAUGCAAGCUUCGCUCCUAUGCAGCCGGUCAACAAUACCAUGAAUGUCACGCAAGCCAUGAUGAAUGAGGCGAAUCUGGCCUCUGUCGAACAUGUGACUGUCAAGGUGUGGAUUGAACACCCACGCCGCGGCGACGUCCAGGUGUCCCUGUAUGGACCACAUGGCACGAAGAGUGUGCUUGCGAGCCCGCGACGUUAUGACAACGACGUACACGGGUUCCCGGGCUGGACGUUCAUGACCCUGAAACACUGGAACGAGAGUCCCAUCGGCACAUGGACGAUCGAAGUGUCUGACCAUGGCAAGCUCCCAGAGCCAGACGAUCGAAACAAUGCCUCAUCGUCGUCAACAUCUCGUGGCGCUUUCGGCGCAUGGUCACUCACGUUCUGGGGAGCGGCGAAGGAUCCUAAACUAGCGCGGCCGUGGAACUUCCCCGAUGGGUCGCUCGAACAAAAGCUCACUCUGCCUGGCGCACCUACCACGACAGUUCUUGGAAGUCCGCCUGCGUAUGCAUCGUCGUUCCCUGGCCAUGCAAGCACGUCACGCCAGCUCAUGAAGCCAACCUUUGCCCUUCCACCAGACCACCACGUCGACCCAGGCGAGACAAGUCACGUGUUUGGAAGUGUCCUGCCGACCGACCGGCCUGAAGCCGACACUGCGUUCCUCCCAGUGUUCUCAGGCUCCUCGUCAUCGUGGAUCGGCACUGUGCUUGUGCUUGCGCUGUUCAUCGGUCUCUUGCUCCUCGUCAUCUUUGCGCUUCGGUACCGCCUGCUUCCAUGGGCGCGUGGUCCAUACACACAUCUGCCCGAUGACGAAGCGAUGCAACUCGAUUGGAUUCGACACGGCUCGGGCUCGUCAUCACUUCCAUCGCGUGAUUUAUACAAUGCGUUUGCCUUGGAUGAUGACGACCUUGAUGACGAGGACAGAGAUGCAGAUGACAAAGACGCUAGUGACAGGGAAGACCAAGACGACGACGAUGACGAGGUGAUCGAUGCAGACGACGAUGACAUUCCGUAUCACGACAACGAGGAUGACAACACCAACGGACCCGCAGAUGGGUAA